AUGGAAUUCUUUCAAGUAUUUAAUAAUCUUCAAAGUAAAUUGUUGAAUUUAACAUUGGUUCAAAUACCAAAACGAAAACAAUAUACAUUAAAAGAUGUUUCAGCACAUUGUAUGGAAAAUGAUUGUUGGAUGGUCAUCCGAGAUCGUGUUUAUGAUGUAACAGAUUUUAUGAGAGAGCAUCCAGCUGGUUCUGAUAUUAUGCUUGAAUAUGCAGGAACAGAUGCAACAAUGGCAUUUGCUGAUAAACCUCAUAGUUUGGAUGCAUGGUUGAUAUUAGAAAAAUAUCUAAUUGGUGAAUUGGUACCUGAAGAACGGAUGUUUGAUGAUCAUGAUUAUUCAUCUUGA